AUGGAUCCCUCUACAUACACAGAUCCCGAACUCACCUACCAAGAUCGACUGGUGAUUGAUGCUAUCGUUGAGCCUCAGCUCAGCUCAAAUGGCAAAACUGCACAGCCAUUGGACAAGCUGAGCACCAAAGAAACAGUCCAAAAGCUUCACAAUCUCAAUGAUCCUUCUCAUGUAGAAUUUGAUCCCACCAUCUCCCAAUUCUGGGAUACCCCGCUGCUGCGGGCCAAGCUACCCGCGCCCAUCCAGAAGUACCUGUUCACGCCAUACAUCAACUGGGCCAAGGGCAUCGUGCGAUACCAGACCGACGUGGUCAUGGUAACGCAUCUUAUACUCUACUUCACCACUAUUGUCCCAAGUGCUGCAUUCCUAUAUUACCGAUUCUCUUACCUCCACGGUGCCCUGCACUGGCUCAUGUCAGGGUUUUAUUGCGGUGCUUUCACGCUGAUGAAGCACCAGCACAUCCACCAAAAUGGAGUCCUGAACUCAUCAUUAUAUCUGUUUGACAUGCUUUUCCCAUACCUGCUGGACCCAAUGCAUGGACAUACAUGGAACUCUUACUUCUAUCACCACAUCAAGCACCACCACGUCGAGGGUAAUGGUGGGGACGAUCUGAGCACAACAAUGUACUACGACCGCGACAGCAUCCCCGACUUCUUGACCUAUGUGGGCCGCUUCUUCUUUUUCAUCUGGAUGGAACUCCCAAUGUACUUCUGGAGGAAGGGGCAGUUCAAGUAUGCAGUCAAAUGCGCUUUCUGGGAGGUCGGUAACUACGUUGCCAUCUAUAUGCUCUACAACUAUGUCAACGCUCGUGCUACCAUGUUCGUGUUUAUUCUCCCGCUCACCGUCAUGCGUGUGGGCUUGAUGGUCGGUAACUGGGGCCAGCAUGCUUUGGUGGAUCCAGCCGACCCCGAUUCGGAUUAUCUGUCCAGUAUCACACUGAUUGAUGUUCCGAGUAACCGAUUCUCUUUCAAUGACGGCUACCACACUUCUCACCACCUGAACCCCCGCCGCCACUGGAGAGAUCACCCUGUCGCUUUCCUCAAGCAAAAGGAUACCUAUGCCAAGGAAAAUGCUCUGGUCUUCCGAAACGUCGAUUAUAUUUUCAUUACUGUGAACCUACUUCGGAAGAACUACGAAUACCUGGCUAAGUGUCUGAUCCCCAUCGGUGAUCAAGUCAACUGGACCAUGGAAGAACGAGUGGAGAUGCUACGUCGUCGGACGCGAAAGAUAUCCAAGCCGUCUUCGAAAAAGAAGGAAUAA